AUGCAGGUAAUGCCAUCGGAUCGAGAUCGAUAUCGUUACGAAGAGGAGGAUGAGGAGGAAACACUUCCGUUUGAGGGACUUGAGAAGACCUCUGCACUGCAGCAAUGCCGAGUGUUUAACGAUGUGCGUCUUGACAUUUCCUCCUGUCUGCGCUCCAUGACGCAGUGCCUUUAUCUCUUGUGCACCGGCACAACGCUCACAGAGACGGAGGCGACGGAUUUGUUCUUCAUGUCUACAAAACUUCUGCAGUCCACCCACCCGAAACUUCGCCGACUUCACUAUGUGCUAAUGAAGGAAUUGAGCCCAUUGGUGGAGCAGCGCUUCAUUGCCUCCAACUCACUCAUGAUUGACAUCAAGAGCAAUAAUGAUGCCAGCAAGUGCAACGGCAUUCGUACGCUGUUCAAGGUAAUGAACAGCUCCCUCUAUGCGUCCAUGGACCGCACUAUUGUGGAGGCCCUGACGUCACAGAGCAGCAAUGUUGUCUGUGCCGCCCUCGUUACAGGGCUUCACAUUGCUCAAGUCAAUCCAGAAAUGGCAAGAAAGUGGGGCACACAACUGACCGAGGUGAUUCGCAGCUGUGGGAAGGCUCAGUAUGCUGCCAUUGCUUUGCUCCACAAAAUGCGUAAAAAUGAUCGCCUCUCCGUCACGCGACUCAUUGACCAGGCAAAAAGUGGCGUGAUACGUUCACCAAUGGCCCUGUGCCUUGUGAUUAAGAUGUGUACGGAAUUAAUGCGGGAGGACUUUGAGGGAUCUCUGGACAUCUACAAGUUUGUGACAUCGAUGAUGCACAAUAACAAUGAUUUGGUGGUUUUUGAGUCCGUCAAGUCUAUUUGCUCCCUGCGCAACAUUACGGCGAAGGAGGUGUCACCUGCUGUGAUGGUGGUGCAACUGUACCUCAACACACAGAGCGCCGUGCUGCGUUUUUCUGCGAUCCGUGUGUUAAAUGAAGUGGCAACGCUGCAUCCAGCUGCGGUCUCGCCCAUCAACUCGGAGAUUGAGAACCUCGUGACGGACCCGAACCGCAUCAUCGCCACCCUCGCAAUCACGACGCUGCUGAAGACGGGGACGGAGUACACAAUUGAGCGGCUCAUAACACAACUUUCGACGGCCGGUUACUUGAGGGAGUUGGGCGAUGAGUUUAAGAUGGUCAUCAUUGAUGCCAUGCGUGUGCUGAGCGCCAAGUUCCCCGCAAAGUACAAUGUGUUCCUCGGGUUUCUCUCCAAAUUGCUGGCGGAGGAAGGAAGCAGCCAGCUGAAGGAGAAUGUCGUAGAUGUCACGAUGGAGAUUGCCAAGUCCAACCCCGACUCAAAGGAGUCUGUUCUGAAACAUCUUGCCGAGUUCAUUGAUGACUGCAAUUACUCGCAGAUUGUGCGGCGGGUGCUGAUGUAUCUUGGGGAGGAGGUGCCACUGACAGAAAACCCAAAGACGUUUGUGCGCUAUGUUUAUAAUCAUGCGACGCUGGAGGGCCCCGAAAUUCGCGCUGUGGCAGUCAGCACACUGGCAAAAUUGGCAGCGUAUGUACCCUCACUGCGUCGGUCCAUCGUCGUCCUGUUGAAACGUACUUGCAAUGAUGCGGACGAUGAGGUGCGGGAUCGCGCCGUUCUUUACACACGAAUUUUUCUUAAUAAUGAUGAAAAUAUCAUUCGUUCUAUGGUGUGCGAUGUCGCCAACACUGUGGCUAUGAGUCGCCAGGCACGGAUUGCCGCAAGAUCUGCCGUGCUGAAUACCGUAGCGGAAGACAUUGGCCGACAAAAGGCCAUCGCAAAGGAAGCUGAAAGCAGUACAGAAGAAACAUCGGCAGUUAGCCAUGCUGUGCUGCAAGGGAGAGAAAAGAUGCGAAAAAUCAAACAACUGUUGGAGCUUGGAGAGCCAAUUGUCAGCAGCGAGCCGGUGCCAUUGACAGAUCCUGAUAGCGAGUAUGUGGUCACGGUGAUGAAGCAUACAUACAUCUCUAAUAUAGUCCUCCAGUUCAAGGUGAAGAACACGAUGGAAAAGGUAACUUUUAAGAACAUUGCGAUUGAAUUGGAUACGGACGAAGUGGGGGUGGAGCCGCAGUACUUUAUUCCCAUCGAGUCGGUGGCGCCCGCUUCCACGAGUUACGGAUAUGCGGUGCUACGCUAUGAGGAGGAACAGUACCCGAGUGGCACCUUGGAGUGUCGCUUCAAGUUUGCCAUGCAGGAGGAGGGUGGCGACGUUGAGGAGGAGGAGGAGUACCCACUGGAGAGCUUUGACAUCAACGUUAGUGACUUCAUUGCCCCUGUGAACCUCGGCGGUACUUUUGAGACGCAGUGGGAGAAGAUGCAACUUGAGGAGACGACGGGAACGUAUUCGUUGAGUUCAAUGCGUAACUUGACGGUGGCAGCGCGGGAAUUGGUGGAGUUCUUUGGGAUGUACGUUGAGGGAGGCAAGCCGGGGAAAAUAACGACGGCAUCCCACACGCUGCAGAUGUCUGGCACGAUGGUAAACCGCGCACGUUCCUUGGUGCUUAUCACAGCAAGAGUGUUUAUCGCAAAGGACAAGAGCGUGGCGCUGCAGUUAAUGCUGCGGGGGGCGAAUGCAGAGCUGCGCGAGUAUCUUUCGGCCGCGCUUCUUGCGUAG